GCGGUUGAUGAAGCCGCCAGGACCGGCUCAAUCAGGUACGAUAUUUCGCGCCUGCCAGAUUGGCUGCUCUUGUUCAGUCUUGUUCUCCUUCAAACAUGUCCUUCCUCCAUAUCGCCUAGCGUUGAUUGCCGCUGCUACCGCAAUCGAGGCCGGUAUAUAUACCCUCUGUUUACGGUAACAUACCUUGCUUUCUCGACUGCUUCUCCCGCCCGGACUGUCUCUGCAUCAUGCCAUCCUCUUUUCUCGCUUACAGGCGAGACUGCGCAACUUUUCAACAGCGCAGACAGGCCAAGCUCGAUGAGCUCGCGCCCAUACUUGAUGCCCCCCUCACCGAGUCAGAGUCUAAGAUCCACUCCCUUUCCCUUUCCGAACUCGUCGACCGACAUCAGGCAGGCUCAGUCUCCUCGCAAGAUGUUAUCUAUACGUAUGGCAAGAAAGCCUUUGCUGCACACAAGGCCACCAACUGCCUCUCCGAUGUUAUGAUUCACGAUCUACUGCCCCCUACGGGCCAUGUCGCGCUCAACGGUAACGGCGAUGCGUAUCGUCCUACGAAGGGGAACGGUUACGCGAACGGCCAUGCGGAUCUGUCACCCUCACCAUCAGUCUCCAGCGUCGAUACAUUUGCCGAGGAUUCAGAGCACCCGCUAUCUGGAGUUCCCGUCAGUAUCAAGGACGUCAUCGACGUCGAGGGUUAUCCAACGACUAUGGGAUACUCUGCCAACGCUCUCACACCUGUUCCCUCUUCUGCACCCAUCAUCCAUCUCCUCCGACGCGCCGGCGCCAUCCUGCAUGUCAAGACGGCUGUACCCAUGGGCCUCUUAUCCCUCGAGACUGACUCUGAACUCUUUGGCCGUACUGCAAAUCCCAUCAACCCAGCGUAUUCAUCUGGGGCGUCUACGGGAGGCGGAGGUUCGCUUCUCGCGAUGGGGGGCAGCGUGAUUGAGUUGGGCUCGGACGUCGGAGGAAGCGUGCGCUUACCGGCGGCGUUUUGUGGGAUAUACGGCAUGAAGGCGAGCAAUGGAAGAUUUCCGUCGACGGGCGUUGCGGUUAGUACGCCGGGGUGCGAGGCUGUCCCGACGGUGGUAUCGCCCAUGGCACGACGGUUGGAGGACCUAGAGGAGUUUUGGAAAAGGGUGAUGGCACUGCGGCCUUGGGAGAUCGAUCGAACUUGUAUACCGAUGCCGUGGCGGCCGACGUCGUUUGAGGGGAAGAAGAUGCGAGUUGGUGUGCUGUGGAAUGACGGUAUAAUCCCGAUGUCGCCUGCAGCACUUCGCUCUAUAAAUAUCGUCAUCGAGUCGUUGAAGGCUCGAGGGCAUGAAGUUGUAGACUUUAAACCACCUACGUUCGAAGUCCUCAAGGCAGGUUAUCAGCUCGCCUUCGCAGAAGGAGGGGCUCAGAUCGCCGCCCCCCUUCGUCCCUUCGAGCGCCUGAACGGUGGUAUCAGCUCAGUGAUCUCCACCUAUCGCCUACCCUACUUCAUCAAGAAUAUUCUGGCCAGCUUCUUGCCACCGAAAGAUGCCGAGCUCGUUCGAGCCUUCCACCCGAAGUCCGUAUAUCGUAUGCGGGAGCUGGUCGUCGAGCUAGAUAAAUUGAAGCAGCAGUGGCAUGAGAUGUGGCUGGACCAGGGUAUCGACCUUGUAAUCACUGCACCUUGUUCAGUGCCGGGACUGCCAGCGGGUGGCACGACGAAGGCUGGGCUAGCUACCGCCAGUUACACUUUCUUGUUCAAUAUCCUUGAUCUCCCUGCCGGAAUUGUACCAGUAACGACUGUUUCAUCGAAACUCGACGCACUACCUUCCUCCUUCAAACUUUCGGACCUUGACCCAUCAGCACAAGGUCCAUAUUCUAUGUACGAUGCUGACAAGAUGCAGGGUCUGCCUGUAGGUGUUCAGAUUGUGGGUCGGCGGCUAACAGAAGAGCACGUAUUGGCGGGUAUGCGGGAGGUGAAGGAGGCCGUAGCGGCCUGGGAUGGUAAGGAUGUACGAACAGAAUGGACACCGACUCUGUCAUGACGGUCACGAACGUGGUUUUAUUGGUUCUCUUUCCGAUUAUCGUGCGCCACACAAUUCCUCUCUUCUUCUUUCGUCCACUUCGGCCGUCUAAUCGGCCUCUUUUUUUGAGAGUUGACUCUCACCCUCUCUUCCGGACCCGUUCUUUCCGUGUACAUCACCUAUGGUUCUUUCCCUUCGUCAGCUCCACGCCACCGUUUCACGAGGAACAUCAUGUCUCAUCUCACUACUGCACCACCCCCCUCCCCAAUCCUUGUCCACCACCAUCAUCAAUAUCUAUCUAUGUCCCUAGGCCUUUUCUUGAUAUCCCGCAUUUAGCUCUUUUUAUGGUGCUCGUACACGUCUAAUCCAACAUCAUAUUGGGUAAUUUGUACUUGGUUUGCUUUAUCCCCUAGACGUAUGGUAUGUAGGCACCCGUGUAAAUCCAUGACGGUCUCUCUC